CACAGCCUGCGAAUCUGGAGCAGUGUGACGAUCUCCACACAACACACAAAGUUUCUUCAUCUUAUCUUUAUAUAAAAAAGAUGAAAAACGUCCCAGCGUUUGUCAGCAAACUUUGGACACUUGUAGAGGCUCAGGCAACAAAUCACCUGAUCUGCUGGAGCCAAGAUGGCUGUAGCUUUCUUGUCCAAGAUGAGCAGCGGUUCAGCAAAGAAGUCCUGCCCUUUUACUUUAAACACAGCAACAUGACCAGCUUUGUGCGCCAACUCAACAUGUAUGGCUUCCACAAAGUGUUGCAUGUAGACUCCGGCUUGCCUAAAACUGACAGUCAACUUAACUGCGUUGAGUUUCAGCACGAGGACUUCCAGAGAGAUCAGCCUCAUCUGCUGGGCCUCAUCCGCAGGAAGGUUUCUGUUAGCCGUGGGGUUGAGGAAGGAGGCCAAAUGUCUCAGGUAAUCGUUCAGGUUAGACAUUUCAGAGGUUGGCAAGACUCCUCAGACCUCAAACUCAAGGCUUUGUGCAGGGAUAACGAGAGCUUAUGGAGAGAAUUGGACACAUUAAGACAGAACUACCAGCAGCAGCACAAAAUCAUACGCAAGAUUAUAAAAUUCAUCAUCAACAGCGUACAAUUAAAUGGGAUCAAAGGUUGCAAACGGAGACUCCCUAUGAUCGACAAUUCUGGAGAAUUUCAGUCUGCACCAAAAUAUGCGCGCUCGAUUGGUGUGAACUCCACCCUGACAACUUCAUGCCUCCAAGAGAUCCCCUCGCUGCAAGAGCUGGAUGUGUCAUCCGCUGACGUGUACUCCAAUGGCAUGAUCAUCUCUGACAUCACACACCUGCUGGAUCCCACACCUGAGCUGAACAGAGGUUGCAUGACUGAAUGCCUUCCUGAAAUUCUCCCCACAUUCUCACCUCCCGCCUCUCCUAUGCCCUCCGUGGACCUGGGACUGUCUUUUCUGGAUGACCCAGUUGUCCUGGAGUCUGAGGAAAUAGCCCAGGAAAGAAAUGAUGUUUGUGACCCACUGACGCUUAUUGACUCCAGUUUAGAAGCCAUCCGCUCCUGCUCGCCACCAUCACCACCAGACCUGGACAAUUUCAGCAAGAUUCUCAGUCCUGGCUGCCACAUUUCUGCUGCUAAACUAACCGAGAGCAAGCAGGAAAGCCAGAAUGAAGAAAACACAGUUACACAUCAGAGAAGCUUGCAACAAAACACAGACCUGCAGCAAGAGCACUGUGACGAUGAUGAUGAUGGAGAGUUUUCGGAUAUUUUGCCGUCCCUGCUGCAGCUGGCACAAGAAGCUUCAAGCCUUUCCUUUAGCAACACUACACUGCCCUUAGAGAUCCCUUUUGUCAUCUAAACUCUAAUCCUAGAGGCACACCAACAGUACAUAUUUUGGAUGUCUCCCUUAUCAGAUCCAUUCAUUUCAGGUUUUGGAGUCUCUUCUUAUGUUCUGAUGAGUUGAUUCAGGUGUGUUUGAUAAGGAAGAGGUUGAAAAUGUGUACUGUUGGUGUGCCUUUAGGAACAGGGUUGGGAAAACAAUGAUCUAAAUAGCUCCAAUGCAUAGACUUUUGCGUCAUUUGUGAUUGUGGAUAUGGUGGUUGGUUGAUAGUGAAAAGUGGCAUCUAAAUUGUCAGUUCUUCUAUUUGAUGAAGAGCUCGAAUGCUGCAGCAUACACAACCUAACAAAAGUCUUGUCGCCUAUCCAAGUUUUAGGAACAACAAUUAAUAACUUGACUUCUAGUUGAUCAUUUGGUAUCAGAAGUGGCUUAAAUGAAAGGCAAAGGCCAGUAGAUUACGCUUAUUUUACCAAAAUAAAAGAUGAUCAUGCCUUGAUUUUUAAUGAUUUAAUUAGGACAGUAAGGUAUGACUUUGCUUAGACAAAAGUCUUGUCACGUAACAGAAAUAAUGUACAGUAUAGAAUAUAAAGUCAUACUGCAGUGGAGAAAUAAUUAAUAUUGUGUAUGACUCCCAUGAGCUUGAAGGACUGCAUCCAUACAUCUCUGCAAUGACUCCAAUAACUUCAUCAUCUGGAAUGGCAAAGAAAGCGUUCUUGCAGGACUCCCAGAGUUCAUCAAGAUUCAUCUUUAAUCUUCAUCUGCUCUUUCAUCUUAACCCAGACAUGCUCAAUAAUGUUCAUCUAUGGUGACUGGGCUGUCCAAUCCUGGAGCACCUUGACUUUCUUUGCUUUCAGGAACUUUGAUGUGGAGGCUGCAGUAUGAGAAGGAGUGCUAUCCUACUGAAGAAUUUGCCCUUUCCUGUGGUUUGUAAUGUAAUGGGCAGCACAGAUGUCUUGAUAACUCAGGUUGUUGAUGUUGCCAUCUGCUCUGCAGAUCUCUCGCAUGCCCCAUACUAAAUGCAAUCCCAAACCAUGAUUUUUCCUUUACCAAACUUGACUGAUUUCUGUGAGAAUCUUGGGUCCAUGUAGGUUCCAAUACGUCUUCUGCAGUGUUUGUGAUAAUUCUGAUGCAGUUCAUCAGAUGAUACACUGGAAAAAUCUACCUUCUGCCACUUUUCCAAUUGACCAACUAGAAGUCAAGUUAUUAUCUGUUGCUCUUCCAACUGGGAUCAACGACAAAACUUUAUUCAGGAAGUAUAAUUAAUCAUUAUUCAUCAUUCUGAUGCACGUUAUUUGUAUAAAUGAUGUAAUAUUUAAA